AUGAGACGGUCCCCAUGUAUUUUCAACUCGGCCGCCGCAUUGCGGACCGUAUUCCUCGGCAAUGCGGCCGUAUCAGAAACCCCGGGGCACUUGCAGCGCUUAUUACUGCCCAGCAUACAACCUGUUCCAGCCCGCUUCGUAUCGCCCGCGCAGCGACCAUUUUCGACACAUCCUAUCCUCCGAGGACACUUUAAACGAUAUAAUCCCGAAGAAGAGCUUGAACAACAACAACCAAAAGCCGUCGAAAGGAUGUCCGACUAUGGCAUCACAUACCAAUGGAUCCAACUCCGACGCGAAGAUGGUACGCUAGACGCCCCACGAAGAACCGCCGAUGUGCUGCAGACGAUCGACUUAGAGUGGGACACUCUGGUUCUUCUUGCUGCCCCAAGAGCGAGCGAGGAAGACAAGGGGCCCGAGUUCGCUGUUUGCGCUGUUCGGACCCGCGCGCCGGCGCAACAGAAACCGGUAGUCAAGGAACCUCCGGCGAAGGUGAAAAUGCUGGAGUUGAACUGGGCCAUCGGGGCCCACGACCUGCGAAGGAAAUUGACACGGAUGCAAGAGCUCGCGAAGAAGGGGUAUCUCGUGCAGGUUAUUUUGACCAUGCGUAAGAUGAAGUCUAAAAGGAGGGCAUCGGAUGAGGAAGUCCAGGCGACGUAUGAUGCAGUCAUGGCAGCGAUUGCGGAAGUACCUGGAAUAAGGGAAUUAAAGAAGCGGGACGGAGAUCUAGGGAAGAGUCUCAUAUUAUAUGUGAAAUAUUCGGCCGAAUGGGCGAAGGAGUCGGCGGAGCAGGCAAGUGCCUCAUCGACGGAAGAGGGGAGCACUCCGUCGACGGAGGGUGCCUUCGAUACUCCAAGGAGAAUCGAGGCGGAAGCUGUAAAGGCGGAUCCGAACGAAUAG